GACAUUCUCAGAAACCAGAAACCCUAAAAAAAGAAACGCAAGGUUUCGAUGAUUCGAAUCAACAGCAAAAAAAACCACACUUGUACUCUUUUUAUGUUUCAUAUCCAGGCCAACGAAUUUGUAUACAGGGGAAUGAGUUGUGCACACCCUUUUGGCUUGUUAUACAGUGUAGCAAGUUUUGGAGAAUCAUGUUGAAUCGGUUGUUUCAUUUAAACUUAAGGGUGCUAUAAUCUUGUCUUAUGUUUAAUUUGGUUGCUUGUCACCUCUGUAUGUGGAGCAUAUCUUAGUUUUUAUUAUUGUAGUUCUGAUUAUUAUAUUUGAAAGAAGGAUAGGAUAAUUCGAGAGCUUUUACAUGCUUGUUCUGCUUCUCCUGGUGCUGACUAAAAUAAACGUGUUUUCAGAGAUUCGUUUGUUACUUUGUUUUCUGUUUUUGGUGGAAAUGCAGUUCUCGAGUUUGAAGUAUGCCAUCAGAAUCUGACAAGUGGGGAUGGAAGCAUGUUAGUGUGUUUGGUGGAUUUGACAAAGGAAGUGGCACAAAAAGAUGGAAAUGCAAUCACUGUAAUCAACGGUAUAAUGGUUCUUAUUCACGUGUUAGAGCCCACCUACUUGGGUUCACUGGUGUUGGGGUAAAAAGCUGUCCAGCAAUAGACAGGACUUUAAGAGAAGCAUUUCAAAUUCUAGAAGAAGAGCGUGUGGCUCGGAAAAAGAAAAGAACUUCUGGAACUGGGAAACCUGGCAAGCGCAUUCGUACUUCACGGCCAAGUGUUACCUGUUUCUCCAAAGAAGAAGUAGAUGAUAUAGUGGCUAGAUUUUUUUAUGCCGAUGGACUGAAUGUCAAUGUUGUCAACUCUCCUUACUUUCGUGAAAUGGCCAAAGCAAUUGCUGCUUAUGGUCCUGGUUAUGAACCCUUGUCGGUAGAUGAGCUAUCUAAUUCCUAUCUAAGUAAAGAGAAAAGCAGGAUUGAGAAAUCUGUGGCUCUAGUUAGGGAAUCUUGGCCUCAAACAGGAUGUACACUACUCUGUGUUGGCCACUUAGAAACCAUGCUUGGCUGUUUCCAUAUUGAUAUCUUUAUUUCUAGUCCAAGAGGACUUGUGUUUUUGAAAGCAGUAGACAUAGAUGAUAUUGAUGGGGCACUCAAUUUGUUAAUGGGUGUUCUUUGUGAUGCAAUUAUGGAAAUUGGACCUGAAAAUGUGCUUCAAAUAAUCUCACAUCUGGAUGAUUCAAUUAAGUUAUCCGAUUCCCUCGUGUCGUCAAAGUUUCCUCAUAUAUUUUGGUCUCCCUGCACUUCAGAUGCCAUCCGUAUGUUGAUGGAAGAAAUAGCUCAAUUGGAUUGGACAAAAUCUGUUGUCUUGUGUGCUAAGGAAAUUGAAGAAUGCAUCCUUAUGUAUCAGCACUUUUCCCCAUGCAUGUUCCCUCAAAAUUUAAAAGAUAGCUCUGAUAUUCUUGCUUUGAAGUUUGCACCUUCCUUUUGCAUUGUUCAAAGGAUUUCCGAUGUAAAGCAACUGCUUCAAGAGGUUGUUGUUAGUGAAGAGUGGAAACAAUGGAAACUUAGUAUUCCAGAUGACAUGGCAAGUGUUGAAGCUGUCAUUUUGGGAGAUGACUUCUGGAGCAGUGCUCAUUUGGUGUCGCAGAUAUUUGAGCCAUUUGUAAGAUUGCUUGGUACAUUUAAUGUUGACAAAUUUGUUAUGGGUGAUAUUUGUAAUUGGCGGGUUCAGGCUCUAGAAACUGUCAAGAGUAAAGGUAUUGACGGAAAUGUAUUGACUCAAUUGGAAGAACUUAUAGAGAACAGAUGGGAUGUGUUAUUUUCUCCACUCCAUGCUGCUGGUUACAUAUUGAACCCUAGAUAUUUAGGUAGAGGUCAAAACAAGGAUAAAAUAGUAAUGCGGGGUUGGAAGGCCACCUUGGAAAGGUAUGAGAGUGAAAUAACAGCUAGACGAUAUCUUAGGGAGCAGCUUAGCUCUUUCUGGCGAUUAGAUGGCUCCUUAGGUGAUGAAGAUGCUGUGGAUUGUAGAGAUAAAAUGGAUCCAGUUGCAUGGUGGGAAAACUUUGGUUUUGAAAUACCACACUUACAGACAUUAGCUAUAAAAGUUUUGAGUCAGGUUUCAAGUGUUGCAAUGUGUCAAGAAAUCUGGCAAGAUAGUGGCUUUUCAUGUCGAGAAACCACCAACAGAUUGGGAGUGGAGAGAGUGGAAGAUCUAGUUUUUGUUCGAAACAACCUUAGACUUCAUAGCCAAAAAUAUGGGAUCUCGAAUGUCUCAUUAACUACCAAAAAUGAGAGUUCAGGUUCUCCUUCUGGUGUGAAGAUAUGGGAUGCAGCUCAUCUCGAUCAAACAAAGGUAAUAGCAAGUAGUCAAGGUAAAUCAUGAUUACUUAGUAACUUUAAUCGAUCGUUUGGAUCAAGGACUCAACACUGCUGAAGAAGCUUGUUCAUGAAAAAUUUUCGUGUAAUUAAAAAGUCCAAAUUUUGUAAAUGAGGUUCAGUUGCUUUUCUUUUGUUCUAUAAUCUAAGAUGACAUUCUGUGAAGAGAUUUACUCUGGUUCAUAA